AUGUCGAGCCUGGGAACAAAGCUCGGGCAAGGUCUGGGAAGGAACGCUGAGGAGGAUGGGGGAGGGGCGGACAAGGCUAGGGAGUUUCUUGCAGGGAGACCACAGGUGGAGGUGGCAACCGGUGGAGGACGGAUUGAAGUCUGGGGCGCUGGGCUGAAACGACUGGAGGACGCAGAUGUCAGCGCGGCUGUGAUGACGAUCGAACCUGAGUCCAUGGCUCUUCCCAUGUAUUCCAAUGAUGAGGAGGUGUCCUAUGUGGUGGAGGGCGAAGCUCGGGCAGGGCUUAUCAGCCCGGAGGGGAUUCGCACCAAUGUGAGGAGGCUUCGCAAAGGCGAUGCAUUUGCGUUCCCACGAGGCUGGGGCAGGUGGAUCUGGAACGAUGGCAAGGAGCCUCUGCGAAUCAUAUCCAUUGCUGAUACGUCCAAGGAGGCCCACCGUGGGCGGUACACGGCGUUCAGCCUGGUGGGCGCUCAGAAGGAGAAGUUUGGCGGCAUUCUCCAUGGCUUCAGCCACCGAGUGCUGGCGAAGGCAUGGGGCGUGAAGGAAGCAGACGUGGCACAGCUGCUUCAGGGGCAGAAGGAUAUAGCCAUUGCGAAGGUCGACCCGGGGAAGGUCGUAUCUGGUGAUCCUGAUGCUGAUGAAGGCACCUCAGCUGCGUCUGCCACUGAUAACUCAGAAGGCACUGUAGCGUUUGGGGAUUUCGUGUACAACCUUAUAGAGGAGCAGGCUAGUAUCGAGACGCCCGGGGGCGGCACGUUGACUACUGCUGAUGGAUUUAAGCUGCCUGUGUUUCAACACCUGGGCGUUUCUGCUGCUCGCAUAGAUCUCCUGCCCAAUGCGAUGGCGGCUCCUCGUUGGCUGUCCAACUCAGCAGCCGUCCACUUUGUGACACGUGGCAGUGGGCGGUUUGAGAUAGCCUAUCCGGACGGCAGGAAGGCGCUGAGGAAGCGUGUGAACGCGGGAGAUGUGGUGGUUGUACCGGCUGCUUUCGCUCAUGCUGUUGUGAGUAACGCAGUGACGGAAGCUUCAGGGGAGGGCUUAGAGUACGUCGCUCUCUCCCCCAAGUCCAAACCCAAGCCUGGUUUUCUAGCUGGCGGUAACUCAGUCUACAGUGCACUGCCUACCGCUGUACUGAAGGCUGCUUUUAACGUGGAUGAAGCUUUGGCGGAGAAGCUGCGGGGCACUAGGGAGGGGGAGUAUGUGAUCCUGUCCCCUGGAAAGGGGAAGGGGGAUGGUGGGGCUUGA